AAUAGCCCAAAACGCACACAUUCAACAUCGCCACUCUCUCGCACUUAAAAGCACAAUAGCCAGUGCUUAGCUCUCAUCUCUCGUCUCAGCAAUGGGUUUUCCUCGUGGCCGUAGCGGUGGAUUCAGGGGUGGCAGAGGUGAUGGAGGAGGUCGAGGAGGCAGAGGAGGUAGAGGAGGUGGAGGUGGAAGAUUCGGUGACAGAGGAAGUGCCAUGAAAGUGCGCGGCGGCGGACGUGGUGGCAGAGGUUUUGGUGGUGGUGGUGGAAGAGGCCGAGGUGGUGGUAGAGGCGGUGGAAUGAGAGGUGGAAACAAGGUGGUGGUUGAGCCUCAUAGACAUGGAGGCGUGUUCAUUGCUAAGGGUAAAGAAGAUGCUAUUGUUACUAAGAAUUUGGUCCCUGGUGAAGCUGUCUACAACGAGAAAAGGAUCUCCAUCCAGAAUGAAGAUGGAACAAAAGUUGAAUACAGGGUUUGGAAUCCGUUUCGUUCAAAGUUGGCUGCUGCCAUUCUUGGUGGGGUUGAUGAAAUAUGGAUUAAACCUGGUGCACGGGUGCUUUACCUCGGGGCUGCUUCUGGAACCACAGUCUCUCACGUGUCUGACAUUGUUGGUCCUACUGGAGUGGUUUAUGCAGUGGAAUUUUCUCAUAGAAGUGGUAGAGACUUGGUUAACAUGGCAAAGAAGCGUACUAAUGUUAUUCCAAUCAUUGAAGAUGCUAGGCAUCCUUCCAAGUAUCGAAUGCUGGUUGGCAUGGUGGAUGUGAUAUUUUCUGAUGUUGCUCAACCGGAUCAGGCAAGGAUUCUAGCUUUGAACGCAUCAUAUUUUCUGAAAGCUGAAGGUCAUUUUGUAAUUUCAAUCAAGGCCAACUGCAUAGAUUCCACACAGCCUGCUGAGGCCGUAUUUCAGAGUGAAGUGAAUAAGCUAAAGCAGGAUCAUUUCAGGCCAUCUGAACAAGUUACCCUUGAACCUUAUGAGCGUGAUCAUGCUUGUGUGGUUGGUGGCUACCGUGUUGCCAAAAAAUCAAAAUCAGCAUCCUAGAAGAAUUUAGGCCAUCUAAAUUAUGUUGUUCGAAACCAGCAUUUUAGCAGUAUGUAGGCCAUCUAAGUUUUGUUGAUCAUGUUGUAUUGUAUGUUUGUAUUGUGCCUGUUUGUGUACUAUGGCAUUGGCCUGUUCCUUGUUAUGUGAAGACUAUUGGAGAGCACAAUUUUGUUAAAUGCAAUAUAGUUCUUAUUUUCAGUUAAA